CAGUACUAAGUCCACCUGCACGCCGAGCGCAGGCGCACUAUCCGCGACGAAAACCUAAAUUCGCGCACCUCGCUUACUCUCGCAACCUUAGCGCCCCCACAUAAGUUUUUUUCGGACUACACUGGACAUUCUAUGUUCACUGUCGGAUAGUGUCUGUGCUCUGAACUGGUGGCUACCCUCAGGAGAGGAAAAUCGAAGAUCAACUAUAUAAGCAGUAUCGAGCUCUCGAGUCAACCCGUCCUCAGGAACCGACGAAAUGGCGCUAAUACUACAGUAUAUAAAUGAUAUGCAUGUAUUCAUGGACAAAUAUGGAGAUCCUCGGACUAAUCCAUGGUUCCUGAUGAGUUCUCCAUUUCCAACAUUAAUAAUUUGUUUGAGUUAUGUCUUUCUAGUCAAGGUUUUAGGACCCCGAUUUAUGGAAAAUAGAAAACCAUAUGAAUUAAAAAAUGUUUUAAUAAUAUACAAUUUUCUACAAGUAUUAUUCAGUGCAUGGUUAUUCUAUGAGAGCUUGAUGGGGGGCUGGCUGAACCAUUACAGCUUAAGAUGCCAACCGGUUGACUACUCUGACAGUCCUGUAGCCACUAGAAUCGGGGCCGCUGGCUGGUUCACAGGCAGGUAUAACUUUCACUGUCAGCCGGUCGACCACUCCAAACAUCCACAAACAAUAAGGAUGGUACAUGCUUGUUGGUGGUAUUAUUUCUCAAAAUUUACAGAAUUUUUUGAUACGAUCUUCUUUGUUUUAAGAAAGAAAUUUGAUCAUGUGUCAACACUGCAUGUCAUCCACCACGGAGUAAUGCCAAUGUCUGUGUGGUUUGGAGUUAAAUUCACUCCUGGAGGUCACUCAACGUUCUUUGGGUUGCUGAAUACCUUCGUACAUAUCAUUAUGUACACAUACUACAUGUUGGCGGCAAUGGGACCCCAAAUGAAAAAGUUUUUGUGGUGGAAGAAAUAUCUCACAACACUACAAAUGGCGCAAUUCAUCGGCAUCAUGGUUCACGCAUUCCAGUUGUUGUUCAUCGAGUGCGACUACCCGCGCGCAUUCGUGUGGUGGAUCGGAAUGCACGCUGUCAUGUUCUUCUUCCUCUUCAAAGACUUUUACAAUCAGUCAUACUCAAAACCUAAGGUGCGGGCGAGGUCGCCGCAGCCGGUGACCACGGACAUCAAGGAGGUGUACACGAACGGCGCGCUGAAGAACGGCUACACGAACGGGCACGCGAGCGCACUCGGCUUCGUGCGCGCGCGCACCGUGCUGCCGGCCGGCAACUGACCGCGCGCGCGCCCGCGCACCGCCGGCCCGCGGACUCGCACGCCGCCGCGCGCCCACUCGCACUGUGAUCGUAGGGACCACUCACACCCCGGGGUGUCGGCUGCGAGGGCUACGUGCCCCACGUGACAGUGAACCUCAUAUAGUGUUACCGUGAGAACAGCUACAGCAAGUUUCACCAAACCUCACUCCAGAGUAAUGUGGACCAAAGUUUGUUCAAUUGUGGACUGUCUUUUGGUUUUACUGUUUAACAAUUUUUAGUUGGCAAUGAAAGUUAACAUUUCAAUAUUUCUGUAUAUUGUACAUACUUCUGUUAUUGUGGAUUUUUAACUGAUAUGCAUGUAUAAUAUAUCCAUCCAGGUACACCAUAUUUAUGUAACAACUUUUUAUUAUUGAAUUAAUAAUUAAUUUAUACAGGCGAUUCUUGUCUCCAUAAAAAUUCUGAAUUUAAAUUAUUAAUUUGUUUCUUGAUUUUUGUUUAUGGGCCAGUUUUUAUGUAAUAAAAACGCAGUAAAAUAUAAUUACGACAAAACUCGAAAGAAAUUUAAUAAACUGGUCAACAGUUAUUUGCAUUCCAAAAAACUUGUUUAUCACUUUAUAUUUCAUUGCGUUAUAAUGUCUAAUAAAAAAUAUACAUGUAUGUCAAAAGACAUACAUGUAUAAUUUAUUAAAAUAUUCCAAAGCAACUAUAAUCAAUCAAGUUACCAGCCACUUUUAUCUAGAUCUUUUUAUUACAUUAUAGAUAUAGGUAGAUAAACAACCAUAGAUUCUCAAUUGCUUACAGUCCACAGGGAUAUCUGGGUUUUUUAUAAGACUUACUUUUUCACAUAGCCUUGAGCUAUCACUAAACAGUAACCCAUAUAUUGUGAUUUCAAUGGACAAAGGGAAAUACUCCUAAAAGUACGUCCUGCGACUCUCCGUCGCAACUUCAUUAACUCUAAAGUUAGCGAUAAAUGUGAUUUUACCUAAUGUAUAUAUUAGAAGGUAUCAAUGGUGUAAAUGUUAUUUUAUUGAUACAGAAGUAGAUAGAUUUGUGAUCGCAUAGCGUUUUGUACUUUAUUAUAUUUACAUAUUAUGUUGCUUUUAGAAGUUAGACGCAGAAAAGACAAUACAUACACAUUGUUCCGAAAGGUGCUUUAAUUGUUCCAGAUAAUGACAGAUAUAAUUAGCACCAUACCACAAAUGUUUAUUAAAGUUUGUUAAAAUAUUAAUGAUAUUACAAAUAAAGAAGACUAGUUAAAAUUAAAAUAUUCAAUAAUUACGUUAUUCGGUCCGAAAAUAACUUUCGUUUUCUAAAUUUUAUUAUUGUUGGUAUUCAAAAUAAUUAUGAAAAUGAUAUAUUAAUUUUAAGUCUUAUCAGUCUGUAUCCACAUUGCAAAUCGGCCAAUGUGAGUAAAUAUUAUUACAAUGUAAUUAAAUAAUUUCUUUCAAUUUAUACUAUAAUAUUACUCAACUUAUUGCAAAAAAAAAAUAUUUUAAUUUUUAACUCUUUUUCCACAAAUUAUUAUCAUUGGCCCAUUUGGUGUGAAUGCAGCUAAACAGUAUUUUAAUUUCACAUCAAAUGUUAACAGAAAAUACUGUUUCAAUGCAAUUUAGAUAAUUAUCAGGGUUGUGUUGGUUAUUUUUUUUUUACUUAUAUUUUAUUUAUUGCAAUGUCUUUUUUUAUGGAUUUAUCCCAAAUCUGGUCAUGCUUUGCGGUCACUCUGCGUUUUCAUGGAAGUCGCAGUAGAAUUUCGCUUACAAAGCGGUACCAGCGGCGCUUUAUACUUACUACUUAAAUAAAACAAGUAUUUCGAGUUAUUGUUAACCUUAUAUUUUAUUGGUGUAGUUCUUGUCCAGAUCAUGUUGGUAUAUUAGUUCAGUUUCAUGAGGAUAAGUUUGCAACCAAAGUAAGGCAGCUAAGGGAUUAUAAUAUAAGCAUUAUUAGAAUUUUUCUUCGUUGCAAUAAAAUAAACCUCUUAGAAUGUUUAUAGUAAUACAUAGAAAAUGAUUGUAAUCACUAUGCGAUUCGAAUAAGAAUAGGACUAACCUAGCGCCAUAUUGUGACUUCAUAGCUGUCAACUCAAAUUAGUUAGGUAGGGUGAGCAAAACAUAUUUUUGAAAAAAUAUUUAUUUACAAAUAAAUAUAAAACAACCAUUAAAGAAAAAGUUUUAAUAGGAAUCAGUCACUUCAAUUCCGUUCAUCUCUGUAUUACUGUCAGAGUAAGCAUUAUCGUUAUCAUCGUCACUGCUGCUUUCUCCUAUACAAAUAGAACGUGUAUUUAUGUGGGUAUUUAAAAGAAAAAUAGGCAUUUUAUUAUCCGUGUUUAUAAUAAAAUUAUCAGUCUUAAAAUAUCUUCCUUUGCCGGUUUUCAUUUUCGAUUCGUUUAACGUGGUUUAUUUCUUUCUUCCAAUCGUUACCGGUAAUUGAAGCAAUUGUUUGUAAUGUAAGGCUCUCAAUUUGGCUUUCUGUUUAACAUUUUUGUCUGCUACCCUACGAUUUAUCAAAUGCCCGAUAUAUUCAAUUGGAUUUAAAUCGCAAUUGUGCAGCCUCAAAACUUCGAAACCAUGGUGUUAAAAAAGCUGCCGAUGACUUAGUUUUUUGGCGGUUGGUGCCUUUUUAUUAACCGCUUUUUUCCGAGUUCCACUUUUGUAAAAUAUUCUUGAUAUUCAAUAUUAUUAUCUUGCACCUCUCCACUCGUGUCGAAUACGAGUUAAAGUAUUUUUAUUUACACCAGUGGCCAAAUAAACUCACUCGGUCACACAGACAAAACGCUUGCGUACAUUUCACGAGUCAAAAUUAUAUUUCCAUCUGGUCUUGAGGAAAUGUUUGCUGUGCUGUUUCUCACUCUUAAAAGGUUUAAAUAAUUUUUUAAACUAAUUAUUACCUCAAUAGAUUUGGUAUUUAGUACUCGGUUAGAUAAAUAUAAAAGUGAAAAAUUAAUUUUCUUUGCAAGCCGUACUUUUCAAGUGAUAGUUGAUAGGUUGCGUCCAUUCGAGGUCAUUGACGUUCGUAUUCUUAUUUGAAUCGCAUUAUAUAUAGAGACACGUUCAGUUCUCCCAUCUGUCAGUCUUCCCGUUUUUGUACUUACCAGAGUUUUAAGGUGCUUUUUGUACUCCGAACAAUUAUCUGCUAAUUUAGGCAGUGAUACGCUAAGCUCGCCAUUUUGUAAAUAUACAUGUUAUUUCGUUAGGUAUUAUGUGUACUAAUGCAAUUUUUAUACAAAAAUUU